CAAAUGGAGCCUUGGGAAAGAACAAGCAGCCCCGAUCUCAGACCAGACAGACAGAUAGACCAGGAUGGACUGCUGGGAGGUCCUGCUGGUAGCCUGGCUCAUUUGCUUCUUCAGUCUGCCCAGUGAUGGCUUACAUAGGAUUGCCCUCAAGAAAAUGACCUCAGCCAAAGAGAGCAUGCAAAGAAAGGAAACGCUACUGGAGAACCAUGAAUUGGAAGAGUACUUGUAUGAUGAAGUACCCUCUGUUGUUCUCACCGAUAUUGCAGAUACCCAAUAUUAUAGUGAGAUCAGUAUUGGCAGUCCACCCCAAACCUUCAAAGUCAUUUUUGACACUGGCUCUUCUGACUUUUGGGUAUCCUCCAGCCAAUGUGACCCAAUCAACUCAACAUCUGAGUUAUACAAGACAUAUGAUGCCUCAAAAUCCUCUACUUACCAAACGAAUGGUUCUGAAUUCAUUAUCCACUAUGCAUCGGGCUGGGUUGAGGGUUUCCUGAGCCAGGAUAUACUGACUGUGAGUCCCUCCUAUAGGAAAUAA